AUGCCUUCAACCCCAGGCUCUACCGACCCACCUCAGCUUCAGGACUCUACCAAGGCGCCUUUGGGCAUCGCCGGCGUGUUCCGAUCGCUCGGAAGAUUAAACCGGGGCCCUCCCAACCCAGUUCCGGCGACCCCAGCGGCACCCCCGAGCAACGGCGGUCGACCCAGCCUACAUGGAGAAAAAUUUAACGGGGGGACAGUCGCCGGUCGGCAGGUCUCGGUAGACAGACUCAGGGCGAACAAUUCCCUGGCCGAUCGUGUUAAUGCGGCCGAAGCUCUAAGGACGACUGUUGCGGAUUAUCCGGCUCCAGCGGCUACCGAGAUAUGGACGAACGCGCAGGACCUAGCCAACGAGGGGAAUCCCCCAGAAGCUCGACAGGCAGCUUUCAAGCUUCUUACCGCUUGUAUCAAGCAGUAUGAACUAUCACCACUUGACCGGAUCAAGCUCUACAGGACAAUAGCUCUUCAUAGCUGCCCGGAGGACUUCUUUCACCAGUUGCAGGCGUUGAUCGCACUCACGAAUGGUGGGAGGGAGCUGUCUACAUUUCAGAGGGAGAUUGGAGGCUUGUUAUCCAGGUGGCUGAGAACUUGGUUCAAAGAGUCCACCAUCAUACGCCAAACCCGCAAACGGGACAGGACGACUAGCGAGAUUCUCUCAAGCGAGGAGUUUUGUUUAAAGGAACUUUUUCAAUUCACAACGGACAUUAUCAAAUUCAACUUCAAAUCUUUCGAGGAACGUGAGGUAAACCAGCUCCUCACGGAUGUCCUCUCAAUUUGCAGGAAGACGACCAGCAAGAAGGAUAUCGAAUGCUCGAUAGCCUUUAUCGAAACCCUCAUAACUUACGGUUAUGUUCCACGCCCUGCGCUCAAACCCUGUAUAGAAGUAUUAUGUGGUGCCUACGCCACACUGCGGGACCUCACCGAUGCUACUUGGAAUGCUGUCAGUAAUCUUUGCAAGAGCUACAUGGCCCAUAACUCCAUACUCGUUUUACGGGAGAUCCUGGAGGCCCCUGCCAAGAAUCCACCAGGAAGCAGCAACACGAAUACCCUCAGGGGGGCUGUUUGGUUUUUAGAAAAGCUUUUGAUAGCGAAUGAGACAGACGGACUUCCCUCGGUUCAAUUUACUGUUGUCAUGUCCGCCUUUCAAUCCGCCCUUUCUGCCGACAGCAUGCGCCUGGAGUUGGAGAUAAGCAGAGCCAUUGCCGCCAUCUUGAGCAGUAAACACGUAGCAUCAGAGAUUGCCUUUGACGAAUGGCCCGUUCCUCUGAACAUUCUUGUGCACUGCUCUCACCGGGCAACAAGACUGACGCAUGGGCCAGCGCGUGAAAGUCUUGAGCCCGACGAUCCACCGUAUUCAUAUGAAAACGACGGCGUGGGUGUAGCAAUAUCCCAUGCUCUGAUUCAGAUCAUUACAUUGCUAGAGAUGGCCUGUCUAAAUCCCGAGUUCGAGCAGACAGAGGAGGUGAUCGGCUUCUUUAUCAGGGUCCACUCGCAUCUUCCGAAUUCGGCAGCGGAACUGGUCAUCAACCAUUAUUCCACAGAACACCUUUGCUACCCCUCCUGUGCAGAGUGGCUAGACAACUGCCGUCAGUUGCUUAACGUUUUCUUCAGGACACGAAGCAGGCCCCCUUCCAUGCGAAUCAGCGUCCUACACCUGAUCAAAGAUGUCUACGAGACCAUCAGAGAUGUUUGUGAAGAUGAGGUUUUGCACGCCCUGGUCGUUUCGGUUUUUGAGGAUUUUCAAAACGAGAAGGAUUCAGAGGUGCUGGAUGCAUUGGUCAAGACAGUGGUGGAUGUUUCCAGUGAUACCAGUAUGAAACUCUUCAAUACACUAUUGGCCCUACUUGUCGAGUACAUCGGACUCGAUGGGGGCCUGCCGGAUCUACCGCCACAAGGAAGCGGAGCUAGCACAAAAUCAUCAAUAUACCCGGCAACCAAGGCCACGAGCCCGCAACAAGGGUCACAAAUCGGCAUUGUCGCUCGCGGCCUGGUGAGGAUAUUCAUUAAAAAUAUGAAUACCAAUGCGGCCAAGGCAGUGCUGGUAUACGAGCAGCUUGUGAGGAUCUCCGGAUCCGCCGAUCUAGACCCCAACGCCCGACUGGCAGCUAUGAGGCUUCUAUUUCGCCUGAGAGCUGAUUCCGAGCACGCCAUUUUUAUCGUAGAAAAACCGGAGUCGGAUCAUUUAGCCUCAGUGCUCCAUCGAGUGGGCAAAGUUGCAGAUGAGGCGGCCUCCAUAGCUUCCAAAUAUGACGAGGAGUCGUCGUCUUCAUCACGCUCCAAUAGGAGCAACUCGGUAUCCCAAACGCCAUUCCUCUUCAGAAACCCAAGUCGUUCUGUCGUCGACAAACAUGACAAAUAUGAUCGCCCAAAGCGAAUGCCUCAGAUUUGGUCAUAUCCGGAAACUAAAGCCCUUCCUGAGAAAUCCAUGUAUCUUCCGAGCCCAGUCCUUGUCACCUUCUAUGAUCCGCCUUCAGAUUUUCCAAGGAGAGAAGGGCCGUCCCUGGACCCACACUUGUGUAUCAGAAUGUCGCUCUGGAUGGAGAAAGUUAUCCCGAUUAUACAACAGGGCUGUGAUUGGGAAAUCUACAGCUACGUUCUCAUUCACCUCAGUUCGCAAUUGUCGAAUAGGACUGCAUUUAGGAAUUGCAAGGCGCAUAUUAACAUGCUGCGCAGUAUUGUGUGUGAACAGUUACACACCAACCGAAUACCCAACACAGAUCUUCCCCCCGAGGUCAAGAAAGCUGAUAUUGCUGUCGUCCUCAUAAAUUUACUUACCACCCUAAUCAGCUACAAACAGCACUUUGCGAAAGGCGAAACCGAGGGGAUCGUGAAGGCAUUUCAGUUGGGAUUGCACUCAUGGCAGAGGACAGCUAGGCCAUGUAUACAUGCAUUGUCAAUAUGUUGCUAUGAGCUUCCAGGUUCAACAAGCAAAUUCUUACCCGGGAUUUUGACCAAGCUCUCGCAGAUUAUCACAUCUUCCGCAGUCAGUGUACAUAUCCUCGAGUUCCUCUCCGCACUAGCCAAAUUACCAAAACUCUAUAGCAAUUUCACUGAACCCGAUUUCCGAAAUAUUUUUGGUAUCGCCUUCCGAUAUAUCCAGCAUACGAAAGAAACAACAGCCCAGCACCAGCAUGGUAAACCAGCUUUUGCCAGCCGCCCCGGCCAAGGCCAAGCAAACACUGUCGACCCCAACGCCCAAGCCGAACAGCCCGACCUACCCCAAUACGUCCUCACAUUAGCCUACAACGUCCUAACAACUUGGUUUCUUUCGCUGCGAUUGUCUGAACGGCCAAAAUACGUGUCCUGGAUCACGCGGGGUCUCGUCUUACACGAUCAAUCAAACACCGUCGAUGAACAGAGCCAGACCUGUAUUGAUAUGCUACAAAGGUUUACCUUCUCGGACAUUGACUUGAAGCCUCCAAAUAAGAUUGACACCCAAACAUCAGGAAUAGUAACAAAAAAUUGGUUGCACAGCUCUUCCAUCCUCUCUAUACAGACAGCCCCAGAUUCCGGCAUCUCAAGGGUUGUCGUUAGACGAGCAGUAAGUCUUUCAAUUCCUUGGCACCACAGUAUAAACCUUUCCCCUAACGCUCUGUUUGUAGUCCGGCACCAGUUAUUACACCCUGAAACCCGAAUCCAGAGACUUGCACAGUAUGCUGCAGUCAAAAUGGGCCAACAUUCCUGAGGACGUUGACAGUCUCGCCGACGCGGCCACUGGUGUAGAGAAAAAGCAAGAUCGGGUCCUCCCAAGUCAUUUCCUUCUACAAAUAGCUGGGGGCCUCGGGCCAUCAGAAACCAGGCCUAUCCUGCUUCCAGAGGACGAAAAGACUCUCCGGGCGUUAGACGUUUUCGACAGAAUACCGGUUGUGGACUUCCACAAGAUUGGAGUUGUUUAUGUCGGCCCCGGUCAGACGGAGGAGAAAGACAUUCUCUCGAAUGCCAUGGGCUCCCCUGACUACACCGAUUUUAUUGACGGUCUCGGCGAUCUAAUUGCUCUAAAGGGUACGGAUAUCAAUACCGGAGGCCUGGAUCGCGAGAACAACUCCGAUGGCGAGUUUGCUUACUUCUGGAGCGACCGGAUUACACAAGUCAUCUUUCAUAUCACGACAAUGAUGCCAAUGAUGGACGGCGACCCUCAGUGCACCAUGAAAAAGCGACACAUCGGCAACGAUUUUGUCAACAUUGUCUUCAACAACUCGGGGCUCCCCUGGAGGUUCGGAACGGUACCCAGCCAAUUCAACUUUGUUAGCAUAAUCAUCACACCUGAGGCGCGCUCGGGGUUUGUAUCAUCACGUCUGCUGAAGAAGGGGUCCGAUGAUAGGACAUUUUAUAGGGUUCAGAUAGUGUGCAAGGAAGGGUUUUCGGAAAUUAGUCCCGCCCAGGAGCCCAAAAUCGUCUCGGAUACAUCGCUCCCGGCGUUCGUUCGCAAUCUCGCGCUCAACACAAGCGUCUACUCACACGUCUACAACGAAGGCGGCGGAGAACAUAUUUCCAAUUGGAGGCAUCGUCUGAGAAGCAUCACCAAAUUGAGAGAAAGGACCUCCGCCAUGUCCCAGGGAUUGGGCGGAAAUGGCGGACCAAUUGGUGGAACAGCCAGCCCCAGCCAGAACUCGGCCACCCCGGCAUCAAGGCGUGUUUCAACGAUGAGUGCGCAGACCUCGGCCUCGGAUCAUAGUUACAGAAAUUCGGUCCAGGUGAACGGUGACGCAGAUCAAUCCGAAACAGAGGAUCUGCUAAUGAGCAUGGACUUUAGCAGAUUCACUUAGUGUAAUACCAGUCCUCUUCUCCACCCCUUCCACCCCUUCCUCGCCCUUCUUAUUAUUUUCUCCCUUUUCAAAUUCCAGUCCAUAGUUUUCUUUCCUCCUUCCUUUUCUCC